UAUGAAGCGGAGCCGCAGCAACACUCCACGGAGACGGUGAGGGACGCAGAGGCGGAGCGGGCAUCUUCGGACAUCGAGCAACAGAGCCAGAAGCCAGCCGGGGCAGCGGUGGCGUACGGAGCGGGAACCCUGAGGAGCGGGAGCGGCGGCGGCCCCCGGCCCUAGCCCCGGCCCCGGAGGGUGCCCGGGGUCCCACAGCCCCGCCAGCCGCCUGCUCCCCAGCGCCGGGCCGUGGGCUGCCCGCGGCGGCGCUGAGGCGCUGGCGGCCCGGCGGGAGGUGGCGGCCGGAGCGAAGGAGCGAGAGAGGGUCGCUGCGAGACGGGGAGAUGUCCGCCCCGUACGGCAGCCUGAUGAGAUACCUGUUCCCAGCCCUGCUGCUGCACGGGCUGGGAGAAGGUUCUGCUCUUCUUCAUCCAGACAGCAGGUCUCACCCUCGGUCAUUGGAGAAGAGUGCAUGGAGGGCUUUCAAGGAGUCACAAUGUCAUCAUAUGCUGAAACACCUUCACAAUGGAGCCCGGAUCACUGUGCAGAUGCCUCCCAAUAUUGAGGGACACUGGGUCUCUACUGGCUGUGAAGUUAGAGCAGGCCCAGAGUUCAUCACCAGGUCUUACAGGUUCUACCACAAUAACACAUUUAAGGCCUAUCAGUUUUAUUACGGUGGGAAUCGCUGCACAAACCCAAUCUACACGUUAGUCAUACGUGGCAAAAUACGUCUCCGCCAAGCAUCCUGGAUCAUCCGAGGGGGUACUGAGGCCGAUUACCAGCUACGCAAUGUACAGAUCAUAUGCCACAAUGAAGCGGUAGCCAAGAAGUUCAGUGAGCUGGUGAACAAUACAUGUCCUGGAUUUAUACCAGAAGAUAGUCCCUGGGAGCAGGAUGUGAGCUACGAUUUGCUGAGAGAAGAGAAUGGCUGUGAGUGCACCAAAGCCCUGAACUUUGCCAUGCAUGAACUCCAGCUGAUCCGCGUGGAGAAGCAGUACCUGCACCACAAUUUAGACCACCUUGUGGAGGAACUGUUUCUUGGAGACAUUCAUACUGAUGCCACUCAGAGGAGAUACUAUCGGCCCUCUAGUUACCAACCUCCUCUUCAAAAUGCCAAGAACCAUGACCGCACAUGCAUUGCAUGCAGAAUCAUCUACCGGUCAGAUGAGCACCAUCCUCCCAUCUUACCCCCCAAGGCAGACCUGACUAUAGGGCUACAUGGAGAGUGGGUGAGCCAGCGUUGUGAGGUGCGACCGGAGGUCCUCUUCCUCACUCGGCACUUCGUCUUCCACGACAACAACAACACCUGGGAAGGUCACUACUAUCACUACUCUGACCCCAUCUGCAAGCACCCGACCUUUACCAUCUACGCCAAGGGACGUUACAGCCGGGGAGUGCAUUCGUCCAAAGUGAUGGGUGGCAUGGAGUUUGUAUUCAAAGUGAACCACAUGAAGGUCACUCCCAUGGACAUAUCCACAGCCUCACUGCUCAACGUCUUCAACGGGAAUGAAUGCGGAGCACAGGGGUCCUGGCAGGUUGGGGUUCAGCAAGAUGUCACCCACACAAACGGCUGCAUCGCCCUUGGCAUCCGCCUACCUCACACUGAGUACGAAAUCUUCAAAAUGGAGCAGGAUGCCAGGGGCAGGUACUUGCUGUACAAUGGCCAGAGACCAAGUGACGGGUCCAGCCCUGACCGACCAGAGAAGAGAGCCACUUCCUACCAGAUGCCUUUAAUUCAGUGUGCUUCAUCUGUACCCAGAGCUGAAGAGUCACCAGAGGAGAAUAAAAUUAGGCUGUAUAACAGCAGGGCCCCAGAAAAAAAUACUAGCACCCCAGCUUUUGCUUUGGUGGUGUUUAUUUGUACUGUGUCAUAUUGGGACAUUCUCAGCUAGAAGUGAAAAAAACUUAUUUUUCAUGACUACAAAGCCAGGAUUCCACCAGACUGGGGGGUUGUUUUUCUUCUGAAAGAAAGGGACAUUUAUUUUCUUGAUGCACUUGAAUGCCUGAGAACUGUUGUUCUUUUCCUUACCUCCCCCCUCCUUCUCGAAUCCUGAACGGCACUCGUUUGAUGUUUGUGCUUUGAACUUCAUCCAGUCUGAUCCCUGGCCUGACAUGACUGCACAAAAGUAAUUGCACUUUAGGACUGCAGAUUUCUGGGGGGAGGGAGGUGGUCUCCUUUUACUAUUGUUUUUAAAAAAAACAACAAACCCAAAGUGCUGGGGUGAACGUUAGGAUCCUGCUUCAGUCGCCUCUGCCAUCUUACCAUUGUGAUACUCUUCUCCCCAACACCCGGGUUCUCAUCAGAAUCUAGCUCUGAGGAAGGGCUUGGUGCCAUGCCAGUACUGUGAUGGCAGCUUCCCUCUCUGACUUCACAGCUCUGAUGUAGAUAUGUAUAUAAGGAGGAAACCCAUAAAGGUUUAUCUUGUGAUUAUCUCUCGGCUCGUAACACAAAACAAAACAGCAAAUCCACAGCCCUCCGUUCAGAUAGUGCUAAAUGGUUGACACUUCUAAUUAAAAAAAAUACUCCAAGCAAUUUAAGCUAUUUUUACAAUAAUUAAGUUGUAAAAAUAACCGGGGGUUUAACGUUUUCAGUUCCAUUUCCUCAGCUCUAUAAUCACUCCGAGGCCUCCCUUUGUAUCUAGCAAGCAGUUACGACCAAGCCCCCUUACAGCCAGAAGGAAGCCUUUUUUUUCUGUCGGAUGCACACAGUGCAGGUAAGCUGCCGACACAAGGCUGCAGGGAUGAGUUCUGCUUUCAUGUUCCUGAGGCCUCACAUGCACCAUAUGCAGUAUUUGUGCUUUGGAUUUUGUGUCAGCCAGGUGGGCAAAGAAGCAAGUGAGGUCUAGCAUGUUCUGCAACCCUAUUUAGCAGCAUGUUUUGAGUGAUGUGACGUGAUAUGACCUGCUGUAGGGACAAGUAAAGGGUUUCAACAGCAAGCACACCAUGGCCUCUGGUAAAGCAAGCAAGCAGAAAGAAGCAAACAGACCCGCAUCCAUCUGAUAGAGGAAGAUUGGCCCAGUCUUACCAGAGGGAAGAGCAAAAGUUGCACAAAUGCAGCCACAUCCUCCCUUUUCUCCUUGCUGGACUGUCCCAACACACACAUUGGUUUCACGGAGCUUAAAUCAGCAUUGGUUUGGGAGGACACUGCUGGGAAGGUGGUCAGGCACAGCCCUCAGAGAGCAUUCUUCAACGAGGGCCUGCCUUGGAAACCCUCCGGUUUCUCUCAGUGGCAAAUACAUGCUCAUAAUAAUUAUGCAAAUUAGAGCAGACUCUGGAGGUAGUAGGGGAGAUAUUUAAGGCCAGUAAGGAGGUACAAGGUCAGAGAUGAACCACGCUCCUCUGCUUUAAUGGGGAGACAGCCAAGUGCACAGCUUAACCUUGUGGCAUUUGGGCUUUGGCUAUUACUGAUAUACACACAUUUUGGCUCUCAGAAGGAGCAGAAGCCUGUGUAAGAAACAUAAGGAGUAAGAUCAAGUGUUUCUUCUUCAGCAACUUCUAGAUGCUCAUUCCAGUACUAUGUCAGGAAAAAAAAAAAGAAAAAGUGUUGUUUUCAGCAUCACAGGAAAAGUAUGUCUUGAAUUAAGGUCUUUCAGCCUUACAUAGGUGAGUCUCCAUACUAUCUGCUAUAGCAAAAGCAUUCUUUGAAAACAUAGUGAUAGUAUGGACCUUCCUAGCAAAAGCAGCAAGAAAAAGCCAUUUGAGCAGCAAAUGGCUAUGCUCAGGCUCCCUAUCUCCUCAAGUCUUUGCCUUCUGCACAGUUAUUCCAAGCAGGUAUAAGCCUUGGAUGUGAAUUUUCUCAGAGCUGGAACAAAAUCAGUUCACCUGGGUUUGAGACAGCAGGAGGAAGGGGAGAUCACACCUUUCACAUACUUUUCCUCAGAUUAAAAGUCACAGAAAACUCAUUAAGUCAGGAACAUAGCUGAGGAUGGCUCAAUAGUCACCAGAGAAAGUAUUCAUCCAUCUGAUAGCAGAUCCAUCUUCAGCCUGCCAGGAGCUGAAAGCCAGCUCUCCAUGAUGAAUUGAACCCUAAGAAAAACAGGUGCUCUGAUCAACAUUUUUUGAUGGUUUUCAGUUCUACACAAAUGUACUGGAAGAGUCAGUUCUGGAUCACUUGCUGGUAGGGUGGCAUCAAGAGCACAGUUUUAACUAGAGGGUCAAGAGGAAGACAUGACACCUCUGAAAGAGAAGCUAGGAACCAGGACAGAGUGGUAGCUAGACUAGACUUGAGUUUUGUAUUCAGCAGACUGACACCAGAAUAUCUCCAGCAGAGUUACUGAGCUGUAACAAGUCCAAUAAAUGUUAGCUUAAUUUCUGACUUCUGUUUUGACCCCUAGCAGCAUGAGUGAAUUCACUUUAGUUUUUAUUUAUGAGGACGGAUAUGGCGUGACAUCCCGUUGAUCACACAAGACAAGCUUCUUCCACCGCUAUUGAUCAUUCCCACUUCAGGUGGUCAUCUCUCUGGAAAAGGAUCAAUGGCUAGUAUUUGUCAGACCCUGUUCCUUCCCUAUGCAAGUGCCACACACAGAUUAGUCCCAGAAAAAACCUGCACACACUUGUGAUGUGGUACUGAAGCAGAGAGCAAAGGAACUCCACAGCACGAUGUUAUAUUCAUCAGGGCAAGUACCUACAGUUUAUUAGUGCUUUGUGGCUCCUCUGUGAAAUGUAUAAUGUUAGAAAUAUUACAACAGUUUCAAGAGAAAGACCUGUCUACUUCUUACCUCUAAAAAGUACAUUCACGUCUCAACUGUUUUGAACCACAGACAUGCAAAGGUCUUUACAGUUACACUAAAUGCAAACACAAUUCAAGGUACAAAUUGCAGAAGAACUGCGUUUUUUUCCCCUAUCAUCUCAAGAUAGUUCAAAAGGAAGUAUUUGAAAAAUGUCUUUGUAGUGCAUUACAAAAAAUCUGACUGAAGACUUCUCUAGUUUAUUUGUAGAGUUGACCAGAAAUACCAUUUUGUGAUCUGAGUUCUUAGCACGUGCCGCAACAGCUUCCCUCCAUGUGCCUGUAUAAUUUAUUUUUUUCUGCUGGCCAGCACAAGUCAAGUUGGACAGAGAUGUAAGACUUCAGAGUGCAUAGUUUAUUUGCCAAUCCAUGUUCUCUGCAAGACUUUUCCUAGGUUACGGGCACAGGACAAGGAGCUAAGCUUCCUUGAUCUUUUGGUUUCAUCACACACUAAAUUAACUGCUGCACAGCACCAUAUAUACUUGUGACGCAGUAUAUUCCAUUCAUUUUAUUUCUUCAACCUGACCUCAUGUGCUGACAGCCCUGGCUGCUAAAGAAGUUAAGUUGGAAGUGGUUUAGCAGUGCUAGACCUACGAACUGAGUAAUUUGUCCCAUACUGAAAUGCAGAAGCUUUAGAAAAACAACAAUAAUUAAGGUUAGUAUCUUAAAUAACUGACAGUGUUGUCAGGACAGGAGAAGUUUUCCCUUCAGUAAUAUCCUACUCAAGGAGCCACCUGACAGAGAAAUGGUAACCUGAAGUUGUUCUUGGGCAAAUUAUUUUAACAUGUUCUAUUUUAAAAAAUAGGACAAAAGGGAUCAGAAAAAUAAAACCAAGCAUUCUUAGUGUUUCUAUACUGUUUACAUAUUGUGCCUGUUGCCUGGGGUAGAAUGUCAUUUCUAUGAAUGGAAGUCCACAUUUUAAAAUACAAUGUCUGUCUUGCUUGAGUUGGAGAAUGUUUGCUUAAAGUGCAGGAUUUAAAAAAACAAACAAACAAACAAACUUUUUAUUUUUGUAAAGUUAUCAGAGACAUUUUUCCUCUCAACUGUGUUCCAGAUUAAACUGCCAGGGACAUGUAAGCAUUUGUUAAAUGAUUGAUUGAAAUAAAAACACCUAACUGAAAAAAUAA